AAUGCUCACUCUUCCAUUUUUUUAUUAUUUAACACACACAGAACAACCUUCACAAUGGGCAAGGAGAAGACUCACAUUAACAUCGUCGUUAUCGGCCACGUCGAUUCCGGCAAGUCGACCUCGACUGGUCACCUCAUCUACAAGUGCGGUGGUAUCGACAAGCGCACCAUCGAGAAGUUCGAGAAGGAAGCUCAGGAAAUGGGCAAGGGCUCUUUCAAGUACGCCUGGGUCCUCGACAAGCUCAAGGCUGAGCGCGAGCGUGGCAUCACCAUCGACAUUGCCCUCUGGAAGUUCGAGACCUCCAAGUUCUACGUCACCAUCAUUGACGCCCCCGGCCACCGCGAUUUCAUCAAGAACAUGAUCACCGGUACCUCGCAGGCUGACUGCGCCGUCCUCAUCGUUGCCGCCGGCACUGGUGAGUUCGAGGCUGGCAUCUCCAAGGACGGCCAGACCCGUGAGCACGCCCUGCUCGCCUACACCCUCGGUGUCAAGCAGCUGAUUGUCGGCAUCAACAAGAUGGACUCGAUCAAGUUCGCUGAGGAGCGUUACAACGAAAUCGUCACUGAGGUCUCGAACUACAUCAAGAAGAUCGGCUACGACCCCAAGACCGUCGCUUUCGUCCCCAUCUCUGGCUGGCACGGCGACAACAUGCUCGAGGCCUCCGAGAACAUGCCCUGGUUCAAGGGAUGGACUAUCGAGCGCAAGGAGGGCAACGCCUCCGGCAAGACCCUCAUUGAGGCUCUUGACGCCAUCUCGCCCCCCAAGCGCCCCACGGACAAGCCCCUCCGUCUCCCCCUCCAAGACGUCUACAAGAUUGGCGGUAUCGGCACUGUGCCCGUCGGCCGUGUCGAGACUGGUGUCCUCAAGCCCGGCAUGGUUGUCACCUUCGCCCCCAGCAACGUGACCACCGAAGUCAAGUCGGUCGAAAUGCACCACGAGUCCCUCCCCGAGGCCAACCCCGGUGACAACGUCGGCUUCAACGUCAAGAACGUUGCCGUCAAGGACAUCCGUCGUGGCAACGUUGCCGGCGACUCGAAGAACGACCCCCCGAAGGAGACCAAGACCUUCACCGCCCAGGUCAUCGUCCUCAACCACCCCGGCCAGAUCUCCAACGGCUACGCCCCAGUCCUCGACUGCCACACUGCCCACAUUGCCUGCAAGUUCCAGGACAUCAAGGAGAAGUGCGACCGUCGCUCUGGCAAGAAGCUCGAAGACGCCCCCAAGUUCGUCAAGUCCGGCGAUGCCGCUAUUGUCGAGCUCCUCCCCACCAAGCCCAUGUGCGUUGAGGCUUUCUCUGACUACCCCCCGCUCGGCCGCUUCGCCGUCCGUGACAUGCGUCAGACCGUCGCCGUCGGUGUCAUCAAGGCCGUCGACAAGUCCGCCAAGGAUGCCAAGGCUGAUGGCAAGGACAAGAAGGCUGCUGCCCCCGCCAAGGCUGCCAAGAAGUAAAUUUUGUGUUUGCCAAGACACAUUUGUUUAUUUCAAUCAUUUCUAAGACCAAAAAGGGAUUUCAUGAUUUUUGUUGCUUGCAUUGAAGUUUUUUUUGGUUGUCAUUUUUUUUGCGUUGGUUAUGAGCGCAAUAUAUUCCAUUAUGGCAAGAAA